GCUGAGUGACCCUCAUAAAGCAUUUACAUUAGUACGGGAAGCGGGGUGUGUGACAGGGGCUUUAUUGGCAGCUAGGCAUUGUCGAGAGCGCGGGGAUAUUACGUUGUGCUUGGAUUUUAUGCUAUUGGCAGAGAAGUCUGAUGAAGCCUUCGAGAUGGCGAAAUCGCAUCAUGCGUUGGAAGACUACGCACGGCUCCUGUUAGAGAAGGGAAAAAGUGUUCAGCACAUCCUUGACUUUCAUUUGCAAAGCCAUGCGUGGGUAGAUGCCGGUCGUCUAUACGACAGAUUGCGCCAAAUUGAUAAGGCAUUGUCCAUGUUCUUGAGGGCUGGAACCAUUGAGGAAGCCAUGCGCAUCGUGGUUAAAAAGGGAGACUCUUCAAGCGCAGAGUACAGCACUUUAGUCGCUUUUCUGUCCGAAGGACCGGGGAAAGACUUAAGAUGCCUAAGCCAACUUUCUGUGGCAUUGAAAGAUGGUCCCCUUG